AUGGCGUCGCUCGCGGCAAGGCUCGACAGCAUUGUCAGUCUUGCGGUCGGUGUGCGUAUUGAAGAGUAUGUACAGAUUCUGCGUGAAAUUCUCGCACAAAAUGAAGCGGAUUGGGUUGCAGUAUUGCGCACCUUUCUGCAGCAUACGGCGCUGGCACGGGCAAACACGAUGGGCGCAGGCCUGAUUGUGGGGCGCGAAGUGCUUGCCACAUUCACCGCACAAGUGCACGAGGCACAUGCUAAUGCACAACAUGCUUUGGCCGAUACAGAUACGUACCUUGCAGUAUUGCGCACGGCUUUGGCCCAAGUUGAGGAGCAGGCCGCGAGCCUGGAGGACGAAAUUGCACAGAUUCGCGUGCAGCUCGCAGAGGCGCUAGAAACGCAAGGUGCGUGGGCAGAGGCUGCCGAGGUGCUGCAAGGAAUUGCAUCCGAUGCGAACCGGCGCAACAACGCGAAUCAGUUUUGGCUGCAGAUUAAUGCGCAUAUCCUGCGCCUCCUGCUCCAGGCCGGAAAUGUGCACGACGCGGAUUUCUACGCCAAGAAAGCCAAUUCACUUACACACAUCGUUGCAGCAGAAGGCACGGAUGCAGAUACGGAGCGGGUCUUACUCCAAUUCCGUGAGAGCCAAGCGUGUUUGUACGACGAGCAGUUACGAUUUUACGAUGCAGCGGUGCGGUACUAUGAGCUGAGCAUGUCAGACAUGCUUGCACAAGACGCCAGGGACGCGAUGCUUGCCAAGGCAGCGAUUGCAGCUGUGCUAUCGCCUGUAAGUGCACAGCGGCGUCGUAUUUUGGCCGAGCUUGUACAGGACGCUCGCGCGCAUGCGCUGCCAUACGCGGGGCCACUCAAAACGGCUGCAAAAGAGAGGAUUCUGCGGCCACACGACCGUGCACUGCUGAUGCAAGGUAUGACGAUGUCGCAAACGGCGCGCGAUCGUUUAGGCUGCGGGCCUUGUGAUGCGCUGCUGGAGCACAACGUUUACGCUGCCUCGCGCGUUUACACAGCCAUCACGAUGCAGAGCCUUGCAGAGCUGCUCGAGCGACCGGUGCCGGAAUGCGAGCGCCUGGUCGGCCGCAUGAUUGUACAGGGAAGUCUUCCGGAAGGGACGCGCUUGCAUCAGGUCGAAGGUGCCGUUUACUUUGGCAAAGAGGGCGAGGCAGAGGUGCAGGAUGCGGGCGACGAAGAACACGCCGCGAUGUCCUCACUGGAUGCACAGGUGGAAGAUGGCACAGAAGAAAUGUAUGCAUGUAGGGAUGCACGGAUUGCUGCAACGACGGCGUACCUUUCUGAAGCAUAUGCAGCCAUGGAGCAGCAAUCUCGCGCAUAG